CGAGAUCCCGCGCCGCCGAGAGUCCUGGCGGCAAGCGCCGUCUUCGAGCCGAGGCAGCAGCCGGAGGAGGAGCCGCGGGCGCUGAGAAGAGAACAUCAAAUGCCAUUGAAGGAAACGACUUGACCAACUUACUGAGAUGGUCAGUACAGAAGCUAAGCUGGGAUGAGAAGCUCCUGAUCACUGACCUGGCACUUUUCCCCUCAGCCAUAUUUCCUUUUCUCCACUGGAGUAAAAAUAAAGGUUUGUCACUCAAAAAAAAAUGGAUCAUUUAAAUCUUUGGAGGACUGAGUUAUCACAAUACUUCUGUACUUCCAACUAAGAUUUAUGACAGUAAAUUUAUGACAAUAAGUUUCUGCAUCAUAGAACUGCUGAAGAACUAAAAGACGAUUUUAUAAACUUACAGUAUUAUGAGAUUACUAAAUCAAACUAAAGAACACAAUUAUUAAAUUAUUAGACUUGCUAAUAAUACAAGCACAUAUGUGCAGUAGCUACUGUAUCCUGACAGUUACCAAACCUCAAAUUUAGAUGUUUUUUUCUUUGUGGGAAAGGUCAUUUUAUUUGCAAGAAACCACUGAACAUUGUCAUCAAGUAUAUUUUCACCUGAGUGUAAGUUAAGAGGAUUUACUUGAAAUAAGUUCUAGAAAAUUCCAACUCGCAUCACUGAGUGGAUUCGAUAUUAUGGCAGCAACUUACAGACUUGUAGUCAGUACUGUGAACCACUACAGCAGUGUGGUGAUAGACCGACGUUUCGAGCAAGCUAUACAUUAUUGCACUGGAACCUGCCACACCUUUACACAUGGAGUUGAUUGCAUUGUGGUACAUCAUAGUGUUUGUGCAGACCUCUUGCACAUCCCUGUGUCUCAGUUCAAAGAUGCAGAUCUGAACUCUAUGUUUCUACCCCACGAAAAUGGGUUUUCCUCAGCUGAGGGUGACUAUCACCAGCAGGCCCUAACAGGCAUACCCAGGGUCAAGAAAGGAUCUACAUUUCAGAACACCUGUAACUUAAAAGACAUUGCAGGAGAAGCAAUCAGUUUUGCUAGCGGGAAAAUAAAAGAAUUUUCCUUUGAAAAGCUCAAAAACUCUAACCAUGCAGCUUACAAAAAGGGAAGAAAAGUUAAGUCUGACUCAUUUAAUAGGAGGUCAGUUGAUUUUGACUUGCUCUGUGGCCAUUAUAACAAUGAUGGGAACUCCCCAUCCUUUGGUUUACUCCGGAGUUCCUCAGUUGAGGAAAAAUCUUUGUCCCAUAGAAACUCACUUGAUGCAAACUUGACAUCAGUGCUUCUUCACAACUUCUCUGAAGAAGACCUGGUUACUCAGAUUUUGGAAAAACAUAAAAUAGAUAAUUUUUCUUCUGGAACAGACAUAAAGAUGUGCUUGGACAUCUUGCUGAAAUGCUCUGAGGAUUUGAAAAAAUGCACAGAUAUCAUAAAACAAUGCAUAAAGAAAAAGUCAGGGAGUAGCAUCAAUGAAGGAAAUGGUAAUGAUGCAAUUUCUAGCUCUGAAACUGUCUAUAUGAAUGUAAUGACCAGGUUAGCAUCCUAUCUGAAAAAGCUACCAUUUGAAUUCAUGCAGCCUGGGAAUAAUGAUGCUAUAGAUUUAACAGAACUCGUCAGUAAUAUGCCCAGUUUACAACUGACUCCCUUUUCCCCAGUAUUUGGCACUGAACAACCCCCUAAAUAUGAAGAUGUUGUCCAGCUCUCAGCCCCUGACUCUGGACAGUUUCAAACUAUAGAACUGCAAGAUGACAAACACAGUUCUAGGAAAACAGACACUGUAAGUUCCAUUCCAAAUAACUCUACAAAUCCCUUAUAUAACUCUGAAGUAAAUGAUCCCAGAACCCUAAAAGAUACCCAGCUUCAAUCACAGUCGUUAACCAUGAACCCUUUAGAAAAUGUUUCUUCUAAUGACCUAAUGGAAACCCUUUAUAUUGAAGAAGAGUCUGAUGGAAAGAAAGCAUCAGAUAAAGGACAAAGGGCAGAGAAUGGACCUGGUCAGUUGUUAAAUGAAGAUAAAGCAGCAUUUUCAAACCGUGUUACUCAUCUUAAAAAAUGUCCUGCCUCUGUGCAAAAUGAAAGUGGUAAGAUAUUUGAGAAACCAGUUGUUAAUCUACCUGAGGAGGAUUUUAAAUCAAAAGUUCCUAAAGUUGAAGAGGGAGGCCACAGAGAUUUUAUGAAUCUUAACAGCCAGGAGGAGAUAGAUAAAUUGUUAAUGGAUUUGGAAUCAUUUUCACAGAAAAUGGAGACCUCUCUAAGAGAGCCACUUGCCAAAGGUAAAAGCUCUAACUCUCUAAGUAGUCCUAGUCCAUUAACUAGUCAGCUUCCUAUAGAUCUUGAACCUAAAUCUAAAGUCUCUGCAGCCACCGAGAAAGUCUCGCCUUCCUGUCUAACAAGGAUUAUUGAAACCAAUGGACACAAAAUAGAGGAGGAGGAUCGAGUCCUCUUACUACGAAUUCUAGAAAGCAUUGAAGACUUUGCUCAAGAACUAGUUGAAUGCAAAUCGGGCAGAGGCAGCCUAUCACAAGAAAAGGAAAUGAUGCAGAUUCUACAGGAAACCUUGACCACUUCCUCCCAGGCCAAUUUAUCAGUCUGUAGAAGUCCUGUUGGUGAUAAAGCUAAAGAAAGUACUUCAGUGGUUUUGAUUCAGCAGACCCCAGAGGUGAUCAAGAUUCAAAAUAAACCAGAAAAGAAACCUGGAACACCACUUCCACCUACAGCCACCUUUCCAAGUAGUCCCCGACCUCUCUCCCCUGUUCCUCAUGUGAAUAAUGUUGUGAAUGCACCAUUGUCCAUAAACAUUCCACGGUUCUACUUUCCUGAAGGACUCCCAGAUGCCUGCAGUAACCAUGAACAGACUCUAAGCAAAAUUGAAACUGCUUUCAUGGAUAUUGAAGAUCAGAAAGCAGACAUCUAUGAAAUGGGAAAAAUUGCAAAGCUCUGUGGCUGUCCUCUUUAUUGGAAAGCCCCCAUGUUCCGGGCUGCAGGGGGAGAGAGGACAGGAUUUGUGUCCGCACAGUCAUUCGUUGCCAUGUGGAGAAAGUUGCUGAAUAACCAUCAUGAUGAUGCCUCUAAGUUUAUCUGUCUCCUGGCAAAGCCCAGCUGCAACUCUCUAGAACAGGAGGAUUUUAUCCCUUUACUUCAGGAUGUGGUAGAUACACACCCUGGCCUCACGUUCCUGAAAGAUGCUCCAGAAUUCCACUCUCGCUACAUCACCACGGUUAUUCAGAGAAUAUUCUACACAGUCAACAGAUCUUGGAGUGGAAAAAUAACUUCGACAGAAAUAAGAAAAAGCAACUUUUUGCAAACUCUAGCCCUUUUGGAAGAAGAGGAAGAUAUAAACCAAAUCACAGAUUACUUCUCCUAUGAACAUUUCUAUGUUAUUUAUUGUAAAUUCUGGGAGCUAGAUAGUGAUCAUGACCUCUACAUCAGCCAGGCUGAUUUAUCUCGAUAUAAUGACCAGGCUUCAUCAAACAGAAUUAUUGAAAGGAUAUUUUCUGGGGCAGUAACAAGGGGAAAAACAGUACAGAAAGAGGGAAGAAUGAGCUAUGCAGAUUUUGUUUGGUUUUUGAUCUCUGAGGAAGACAAAAGGAACCCAACCAGCAUUGAGUAUUGGUUCCGCUGCAUGGAUAUGGAUGGAGAUGGUGUACUCUCCAUGUAUGAGCUGGAGUACUUCUAUGAGGAGCAAUGUGAACGGAUGGAAGCCAUGGGCAUUGAGCCCUUGCCAUUCCAUGAUUUGCUGUGCCAGAUGCUUGACCUGGUGAAGCCAGCCAGUGAUGGCAAAAUAACACUACGAGAUCUGAAGAGAUGCAGAAUGGCACACAUUUUUUAUGAUACUUUCUUUAAUCUGGAGAAAUACUUGGACCAUGAACAGAGAGAUCCUUUUGCGGUCCAGAAGGAUGUUGAGAAUGAGGGGCCUGAGCCCUCUGACUGGGACAGGUUUGCAGCUGAGGAGUAUGAGACUCUUGUUGCAGAGGAAUCUGCCCAAGCACAGUUCCAGGAAGGCUCCUUUGAAGAUUAUGAAACGGAAGAACCUGUCUCUCCCUCUGAAAUUGGAAACAAAGGCAAUAAAAGUCAAAUAGUAACCUCAAGCCUUUCAGAGAAAUGUGGAAAGCUUCAGUCAGUGGAUGAAGAAUAG